GUAGCACCACCUUCCACUCGCCCGCUGAGUACAAGGGGCACACAAAGUGCAUCAGCGAAGCUGAAAAGUAUCAAAAAGGCCUUUACAAGGGUCCAAAAGGCCAGAGCAACGGUCCCCGAAACAACGGGAACGACGCCCGCGGCAAUGCAAAUGGGCGACAGAAUGCGUCAACGGUGCCCGAGCCCACGACAAGUGGUGCACAUGCCAAUGGUGAUGGGAACACGGCAAGCGCGAGUGCUGCCUCGCCGCAGGACUCAAGCAAGGACAAGAAGAAGCGCUGGUCGGAUGUUGCAGAGGAUGGACCAUCGGGACAGGUGUGUGGUCUCGGAUCGAGCUUGUCUCGUCCAUGCUGACUGCGUGGGGCAGGCGGCAGAGAUGAAUGACGAGCCAAAGAAGAAGAAGGCGAAGACGGACAAGGACGCUGCACCUGCACUGGAGAUUGUUCGAGCCGAGGAGGUAACGAAGAAAGAAAAGAAGGACAAGAAAGCGAAGAAGGAGAAGAAGUCCGCUGAAGCAGCAGCGGAGAAGCCGAUCGCCUCCACAUCGAUCUCCACACCUCCACAAGCAGACUCAGCAGAAAAGGUGGACAGUGAGCAUUCGGCAGAGAAAGACAAGAAAGGAAAGAAAGAGAAAAAGUCGAAGAAAGGCAAGGACGAUGUGAUAGACUCUCAACCUGCGGUGGCACCUGACGCUGACGCGGAGAAGCCGCCGAAGAAGGUCAAGAAGGGCAAGGAGUCCGCAAAAGCGCAGGACGAGAGUCAGGCACCGGCGAAGACGGAAGCAGAGGGCAAGAAAAGCGAGAAGCACAAGAAAGAAAAGGACGCUGCCGAGGCGCAGUCGGCGGAGGCGACGGCUGUUGAGGCAGCCGAAGUAAAGAAGCGGAAGAGGGACAAGGGCACGAAAGAGCGAUGCGGUAGGGGCUGAGGAGGGCGGGUCCUCUCACAAAGGCAAGGAGAAGGAAGAAGCAGCGGGCAAGGCUGAGAAGAAGGAGAAGGAGGGUAAGCAGAAGAAAAACAAGUCGAAGAAGACGAAGGCAUGAUCUUGCAGGCCUCUCUGCUUUCUGGGUCGUGAUAUCUACGGGAUGCUUGAUGUUUUCUGGAUUUACUACAGCCGCAGAGUCUGAUAUACCAAUCCGGUCUUUUCCAUGCCAGUUGAUGCUGUGUUGGUACCUAGACUAUGACGCUGCGACUGCAUGCG